CGCUUUAAUAAUUCGAACAUAAUACUGUGGUUUUGAGCACUUCGAUACACGAAUCGAAACAACCUUUAAACAGUGGAAAGUCACUCUGUCUCAACCUUUAGCCUGCGCCAGGCGCGCCUCUUGUGUGUCGGUGCGGUGUGCUGAAAUCAGACAGAGAUGCUGGAAGGUGGUGUAAUAGAACACAUGGAUGCUUGUAGUAAGGGGCACUUUCGUUAUGUGGAGUAAGUACAUGGCAUACUCACCGUAGCUUUGUCAGGAUUCCUACACGUUGCUAUUAUAACCUUCGGAGGAUUGUCAGCGACAGCAAGUUGGCGCACGAUCUCUAGGCCCAGGCCCCUGCUGCUGCCUGUCACCAUUACUGUACGGGACAGUGGAUUUGCCAUGGUCUGGGGAUGAGGCUCCUGCUUGUCCCACGAAGGAAUGAGGAAUGCUGAUCGGGACAACAUAACACCACGCACGUGAAGAAAAUGUUUGUGGACAAGACGGUUGUGGAUUGAAAUGCGUGAGAGGUGUGGUGGAGGCUGCUAGAUAUAAUGACCAUAAGCCUACUGUGGGAGGAAGAAUGACUGAUGACACCCUCGAGACCAACACAUUCUACAGACAUAUCAAGGUGAGGGCGGGUCGUCCAGGGCUGGCAGGUGAUGCAAGGUGUGCCCACACUUACUGCUGCGCCAACAUACACGCAACACUGUAUUCCUGGAUUUCAAAGGAACAUCAUGGGGAAGAACUGGCUGGCUGGUGUGAGCCCAGCUGGGUGAUCUGCAUUCCCCAGCAGGCUGUUCUCCACAGUGUGACAUUCACUCUACCUCUUGUGGAAGCACAUGCUUUAAGACAAUGCGGAACCCCAGGUCAGUAUGUGAGUGCACUGUGUGGAGAAAGUGUGGUGUACCAGAUAGCAGGAGAAGAAUCUCGAGCUAUCUUAGCCAACCAGGAGAAGGGAUCAGAGGUGUUGGUCUCCAAGGCUACUGUGCUCAAUGAGUACCUGGUGACAGUCAAGGAUAAAGUUAUCCAUCUUCUUCUGAUUGAUUCUCUGCUCAGUACUGGCCUUGAUCAAGAUGAGAAGGCCAUCCAGCACCUCCCUGCCUCCUCCAUCACUUCAUUUGCUCAAGCUGAAAAUUUUUUGCAAAAGUUUUCCUGCCACCAACCUGUGCUAUGUGAGAUGGAGCAAAGAAUUAGAGAUGCCUCUCAGCAUCUUCACCCAGCCAAUGAUGUUGACCAGAUGCAGAAUGUUCUUCAGGAUCUACUCAUUCAGUGCUGGGAGGACCUCCUCAAAAGACACUCCCCAACUCUCCAAACCCACACUAGUUUCCAGGAUCUAUUGUUCAGAGCUCUGGAUUAUUACGUCGGCGGCCGUUUGCAUGAACGACUGUGGUGGUUAGUGUGUGAGAGGUGCCAGGUGGUGGAUCAGUUGGUCAAGACGCGACUUUCCCAUCUUCGCCUUGCCAAUCUUUCAGCACUCCAGCUUGGUGUGCCCCCAAACUACUACACUCCUUUGCCUGCUGCUGUUGUGGAGAUGGCCUCCAUGGCUGCAGUGGAGAGUGGAGUGGGACGGCUCCAGUGUGUCUACUCCACCAUUGACCUGAUUCAGGCUCAGGCCAAGGAAGCCAGAGUCACUCUGCACCAAUAUCAGGAUCAAGAGGGUGAGCCAGAGCUUGCCUUGAGCCAGGAAGAACUAGUGGCUCUGCUGACAACAGUGGUGGUGCAGGCUCAGUGUUCCAACCUGGUCACCAACAUUUACUACAUGACACACUUUGUCUUCUCAGUCACAGAAGAUGAUCCUCUCUGGAGAAGCUUGGGUCUGCUGCGCCUGGCCUUGGAAAAUAUCAUGAAGCUUGAUGUGGCCCGCCUGCCUCCGUCCACUAAAUCCUUACGCAAAGAACUCUCCCUCCAAGACCUAAUGCAGGUUAGUGCUGAAGUGGAGUCAAGAUUUGAGGCCAAGGGUGCCAGUCGCAGUAUUGGAGAUAUAACUGCUCUUGAUCUGCAGCUUCACCAGCUUACCCAACAGAUACAACUCUCUACUCAGGCUCACUCAGAAACCCACUUGACAAAGAGAAACUCAGCUGGUCGUAGGUCUGAUAGAACAUCAAUGUCACCCACCCAAGACAGUGGGAAAGUGCAAAGUUUCAGGGAAUUUCUUGCCAACAUCCCUUCCUCCCUCCGAGAGAGUUUGCGUCGUCGACAGUCCCAGCAGCGCAGUGCCAUUCAGUCUUCUCUCAAUGGCUGAGUUCCCACCUGUGGGUGCUGUGAGUCAUCUUUCUUUUGUGCUUAUUGGUGUUCUCAAGGCAACAUUUUUCAUUCCCUAAGGGAUUCACCAUAGAGAAUAUACCAUGACAUGAGGCAGUUCAUGCAGUUGUGAUACAUAUACUACUUUGUACUUUAGUCCAUUUCAAGAAAACUUUCGGUGAUACUUAAAUAAGAAAUUUCUAUAGCUUUGAUUUAUAUUUGGACAUUAAUGGAUUACAAAUAAUGAAAUAAUCCUGUCUAUUUAACAAAGGUAAGUAAUGCAUUCCAAAUAGCUCUAAAUAUUCAUAACUUUGUUAUGGGUUAAACUUGUGAUUUUGUAUUUUAGGUGCUGAGUAAGACUAUUUAACCGUGCUAACAAAUUCUCCCAGCUGAUUGGUGAAGCGUUUUGUAGGACUUUGCAAUAAACAAUCGUCUUUAUGACUUGGGCUGCAGUAUUCUACUGCAGAACAAGAAUGCUGGGACAAAGAUGCAGCUUUUCCCAAUCUACUGUUAGAGCUAAACUAAAGAAAGCUGUACCACCUUUGUGCUUAUUAUCUUUGAGAGAUGUCAGAUGAUUUGUACUUGCCAAUAUCAUGACAGUUUGUUCCCAUUCUUCAGCUAUAAAUGACCUUUAUAGAUACAAAACUGUCCUGGAACAAAGAAAUAUUAUAAGAUAAUAUUUAUGGUUGUUUUAAUUGAAGUGGAAGCAGAUUGAAUUUCUUGUUUUAUAGACUGAUUGCCAAACUUAAAUAAUAUUUAUGGUUGUUGUAAUCCAAGUGGAAGCAGAUCGAAUUUCUAAUUUUAUAAGUGGAUAGCAGGGUUAAAAUCAGUUAUUUUUACCUUGACUGAUUCACUUGAUUAUUUUUGACAAGACAGUCUACUUGGAGUUUGCCUGCAGCAGGUUUAUGUGCAAAUUGUUGAAUAUAUUAGUGAGGAUAUCAUUCCUUACACUUAAGUGCAAUCAGUCUGUCAAGAUGUUUUGACACCAUUCCUUACACUUAAGUGCAAUCAAUCUGUCAGGAUGUUUUGACUGGGCAGCUUGUUUAUAUUUUAUCCUCAUCAGUUUUGUGCAGCAAAUAGUUUAAACAUUGUUACUGUUCAAUAUAACUGCAAUCAUUUUGUCUGCUAACUGAAAAGAAACAUUGGUUAUUACGUACAGUAAGAACAAGAGAGCUUGAAGUUCUUGUGACAAAUGCAUUGAGGUGCACUUUACAAAUAUUUGAUGAUAGACAGGAUUCUGAGUAUCAUAGCUUAUAAUCUACAGUAGCAGCCAAAUGAGUAGACACCAACUACCUACUUGGAGAUAAUGCAUACUACCCCUAUUUUAGGAUGGUAUUUGACUUGGACAGGCAAGUAGUACUUGUUGGCUGUAUGUCACAUCUAUCCUCUUCCUCGACAGCACAUGAUGGCAACACUCAGGUGGCUAAGAGAGACACUGCUCUGGUGUCCACUUGUGAUUUGCCAGGUAUUAGAUUGCAUUGUUUAUUUUUCUUACAAAAUAGGUAAAACGAGCUUCUGCCGAACAAGAAAAUAUCUUGAAUCAAAGCACUACAUGAAUUAAAGAUUUGUUUGUAAAAAAGAAAUUAUUGGUGCUGUUAGUGUUUGUGCCCAAGUGCAGGGUGAAGAAAUUUGUGAAAGUAUCAUCUUAGACAAUUCAGAAUUUUGGCAAUGAGUCUAAGUUUGCCUUUUGGUAAAGACUGCAUUUUGAUAACAUGAACCAUCAUAGGUGAUAUUUUCCUGGCUACAUGGCCAUGUGACCUGCAUGUUCAGGCAAGUCACAUCUACCAUCAUGAAUUUCUUUAUCCUGCACUUGGGCACAAACAAAUGUUAACAGCACCAGCAAUCUUUGUUUUUGCUUGUGUUUGCUUCAUGCAAUGCUUCGAUAUGAAAUAUUUUCUUGCUAAGAAGCUUGUUUUUUUUUUGUUUUUUUUUUUCUUCUCUCCAUUUUGUAAGAAAAAAAAUGAGGCCUAAUGCAUGGUAAGUCAUGAGUUGACAUCCAAGCAGUGAUGUCAUGCACCUUAAGUCUUAGUUCUUAGCCACCUUAAGUCAAGCUGAGGGUUGUCAUCAUGUGCUCUUGGGGAAGGAUAGAUGUCACAUACAGCUAAGAAGUACUACUCACUGGUCUUGAGUUUAAUACUAUCCUAAAAUUAGGGUGAUGGGUAUUUCAACCUAGUGGGUAGUCAGCAACUACUCAUUUGUCUGCUACAUGUACCCUGUAAAUCAUAUAGGAUGUGUUCUAAAGAUAUGUUUUCCUUAUAUUCAAAAUGUAGUAUUUGUUCAUUGGAAUGCAGUUCAUUAUUCUUCUAAGAUUUGUGAUGUUCUUAUAAUAGUUCUGUUGAUAGCAUUUCAAAGCCAUUAGGGAGAGAAAAUUAAAGACUGUAAUAACAGCUUGGUGAGUAACAUAUGAAACUAUUGUGUAGUUCUUGUUACAUUACAUUAUCAUUAUAUGAGGCAACUUGUGGAGUAAUCACACAAAUGACAAAGUUACCAAUUAGGAGUUAGUGCAUAUAUCACCUUUAGCCCUUAUAUCACUUUGGCCCUUCUCCCUUCAUUUGACCAAGUCUUGUCAUUCACAAUUGUAGACACCAGUGAAAGGCUUCCCAAGUGUAGGGCACUUCUACUGCCACCUUGCCUGGCUGAGUGAGAGCUGUGCAUGAAUGUGAGUAAUUGGACAUCCACUGCUCCCUGUGCCAAGACACUACACUACAGGUGGUAAUUGAACUAUCCUACCUACAGUUUAGAAAAUAUAAGCCCAUAUUUAUAGUUGUACCCUCAGUACUUUUUUUUUUUCCCCCAUCUUACUCAAAUGAAGGAGCAAAGGUUAAGAUGCUGGUAUACUCGUCAACGUACAAUAGAGUUCUGUUAUGACUGACCUCUCAUAUGUUGGUCAUAAUUAUGUGUGUAUUUGUUUAAUCAUAUUUUGGACCAUAUGUGACUAAUGCAAAAUUAUAAACCAAUUAAUUUUUAAUUGACUUAGCUUUAGUUCUUCCACGUUUGCAUUACACUCUCCAUACAGGAGCUUUAGUUCUUCCACGUUUGCAUUACACUCUCCAUACAGGAGCUUUAGUUCUUCCACGUUUGCAUUACACUAUCCAUACAGGAAACAGUGUAAAAAUGUGUAAAACAUUUGAAUUUGGUACAGCACAACAUGGUGUGGUAAAACACGCCUUCUCACACACAUUCUUUCUCCCACACUGUUGCUCACUCAAGUCUCACAGUAAUGUUAUCAGAGUUUUAAACCUUUUACAAUAAAAACACUAGCAUAGAAUAAUAUAAGAUAAAUUUUAAAAUGAAUUAAUAAGAACUCCAGACAUUGUGGUGUGUGUACAAUAUCCAUGUUGAUACAUAUACAAGCAUGCAUGAUAGGAUGUUUACACACCACAGGGAGAUAACAGCUGAGCUAUUGUCAUUUUCAUUUAUUACUAAAGAACUUUCUCCAUAAAGUGAGAGGACAAGUACUUUCUCUUCUCUGUCAGCGGCCAAGGGGGCACCUAAGAGACUGGUGUGAAUGAAUGUUGUUAAAGUUGUGUGCCUUGGCUCGGCUGCACCCCAUUUUGGGGAGACCACUUUGGUAUAUGCUGGCAGUGUGCAAACAUUAUACCAUGUAUGCUUGUGUAUUUACACAAUGUACACACAUCAGUGUCCCUUGUUUAUUACUUUAUUUUUUGCUCUAUUUUGAAUUACUGCACUAGUGUUUUAUCUUAAAAGGUUUAAUUAAAACAGUCUUCACAUUAAUGUUGAGCCGAGCAGCAGUGUGUGUGUGUUUUACCAUGCUAUGCUGCAUACAUUGCACCAACUUAAUUUUUGCACAAUUUCAUGCUGCCUGCUGUAUGAAUGACAACACAUAGGUGAUUGUAAGUUAACAAAUAGGUAUAGACCAUAACCAACUCCAAACUGGGAACUCUGUCAGUUGUCUAACCACUCAAAUACCAUGCCUCAAAUUAUGGUAUUUGUCAUUCUAUAUAUAGCCAGUUCAAAAUCAGCAGUACAAAAGACCAUGUCCUUUCAUCAUCCACCAGUCUUGACUGGAGGAAAUAGCAGCCAAUCACAGUGUUGAAAUCCUUCUCUUGCCCAGACUUCACCCAGUAAAUACCUCACAGUCUGCUCCUUUCCUGACAAAUGUCAUGAGCCUCAGUUUAACAAUAAAAUUUUUACUAUAUGUAAUUCAACAACUACUUGAAGAUGCCCCCAUCUCCUCUUCCAGUCUGUGUGGCAACCGACUCAUUAUGCUCUUGCCACACUCAGUCACAAUAGUAGUUAGCCUUGCCUUGAUCUGACUUUCAAGAUAUCACUGCUUUUCAGAAAAUUGUGGAAAUUAAUAAUAUAACAUUUAAAUAUAUUCAUAAGCUAUGGUCACAGAAGACUCUUGUCAUGCUGACUGCCAUGUGGAUGCACUCAUUAAAAUUGUUAUUUGUUUCCAUAAUUUUCUGUAAGGCCACUGCUUUAUUGUUACUGAUUUUUGUAGUUACCUUAAAAAAGAUCAGCUCAAUGCAAUGCUGAUAAUGUGAUUGGCAAGAACAUUCUGAGUGCACCAGUCAGCUGGUGUACUAAGAAGGCAGAGAGCAUGGCUUGCAGAUCAGCUUAUCUUGUACUAUGGUUAUGUAUUCUAAUAACUUUGCAUUCAUCUUUACACAUUACUAAUAGAAAUGUUUACUAGUGUAAUUGCUAUAGUUAAUAUUUCACUAUGAAACGAAAGGUAUAAUGAUUUUUUUAUGACUGUGGGGCAGACCAGGAAGUGGGGUAUUUACUGCAUGAUGUAUAAAGGCAAAUGAAGGAUUUCUGCACUAACUAUUUGUCACUUUCUCCAAACAAGAUUGACAGGUAAUGUAGGAGGAAUAUGACCUUUUGCAGUUACUCAGAACACUAACAUAUGUGUGACAAUUAAAUCCAGAAAUAACUCAUUACAACUGGUACAUGACUAUUGUUUGUAUAUCUAAAGUGUAUUUCUUAACAACAGGGUAUAUUAGUGACAUAAGUUUUUAUCUAUAAAUUUUAGAAGAAUGCAUAUUCAGUAUGUUUGCCCAUCCCUCCCUAUACACAAAAAUUGAUUAGAUUGUUAGCACUGCAGUAGUAGUAAAAUACUGCAGUAUUAGUAAAAUACAAUUACCUCAACCGUGGAUACAAGACAAGGCUAAGAAACUUUUAUUACAAUGAAUACAUAACAAGGCUAAGUGAGUAAUACCUCUUUUGACAAGCAGUGUGUCAUCAGAAUUAAGAGGAAAUGCUGGAUAUAUCAUUAAACUAAUGCAAGAAAGAUCUGAUUUCAUAUUUGGGCAAAACUGCAAGGUAUCUAUACUCAUAGAUAUGAUAUUCAUGAAUACUGCUUUAUAAGAUUUUUUUUUAGUAACAACUAAAAAUCUUUUGAUAAACCUUGAGGAAAAGGAUUGACUUUUUAUAUUUGAAUAUCUUUCAAUAGUGGUAAAUAAAGGAGCCUCAAAAGUUUGAAUAAACAGUCUGAUAAAUAAUACAAUAAUGACAGUGGCUCACUAGCAGAUAGGAAUGACACUAAAAUAGUACAAUAAUGAUAGGAAUGACACUAAAGGCCAGUUCCACAGCUACUGUGUGUUUGAGCAAUCCAAUCCACCUCUUUUGCAUAUUUUGGUUUUAUUGUGCUUCUCAAAAUGUCAUUGGUUUGAGCACAAACUUUAUUUUUGAACAUUGUAAAGUGUGUGGAACCGCCUCAGUUUGCUGAAUUUGUCUACCGUCACAAGCAGCAUCCUUUACUAGUAUUGCAGUGAGGAAGACCUAAUUGAGGAGGGGGUCAUUUAGUGGUGUUACAUCAUAUUGACAGAAUUACUCUGUUAGUAGCCAGUAUAAUUUUUUAUAGGAGGUAGCCAGUCCUGAGAAUGUAAGUGUAUGAAGUGCCUGAGUUCAUCUUGAAGUAUUCCUUUGGAAAACAAAUUGGGUAUUGUUGGAAAUGCUAUGUUGCAUGCUAAGUAGGAUUUGGAUUGCAACCUACCAUGAUCACAGGCUUGAGGUGAGAGGAAAACUUUAAUAUAUAUUGGCACCCCUUCCCCCCUCACCAGAAGUAUUCUAAGAAAUGGGCACAGUGCUCGUCAAACAAAUUUACGUACGUUUCCUCAGUUGGGUGAGUAUUCCCAAACUUCCUACCACUAUCAUUCAUGUGUAGUCAUAAAGCUUGUACUGUAUUCUAGUUUAUCCUCUCACCACAAGCUUGCUACCAGUGUCAUUCAUGUACAGUCAUAAGACUUAUCUCUGCCAUUUGUCUUAAUACUUUGUGAUGCUACACCAAGAUUUGGUCUCUACCUGUCAGUAUUGCUAUCAACACUACUUUUUCCUUGAGCUACAACUCCACAGGCAGCAAGAGAGAGAGAGAGAGAGAGAGAGAGAGAGAGAGAGAGAGAGGCCAUAUUUGGGGUGAGUAAAAACCUUUGCCAUAGCAGUGAGAUUUCUGAUAAUGGAUGUUUGUACAGUUAGCUGUCAGCUCAACUCAUACACACACAAUGGUGAUUGCAGAACUCAAAUCUCUUUGUCAAACAUUAAUAAUACAAGUGAAGAAAUUGCAAGUUAAAUUAUUUUGUAAUGUUUAAUGUAUUUUUCAUGUGAUAACAUAUUUAUAGAUAUGGAAUGAAUACUAGAAACUUAUAUCUCCAUAAGAAGUCUCUUGAAUAUGAUAAUGGUAUAUGAUAAUCUAUGCAGAUUUUUCAUCAAACCAUCAGUGUACAUGAGAAGUGAAAUAUUUUUUUCAUGCUUUCCUGAAAUAGCACUCUAUGAAAUCUGUUUACACCAUGUUACACCAUGUUCAUAAGACUUGUAUAACUGCUGGAGAUGUCAUUCCUAUGAAACAUUAUUAUUUAUUACUUCAACUCAUCACACUUAACAUUUUGUCUUGCUGAAUAUUGAAGAGUUAUGCAAUCACUAUUGUAUCUAAUGCUGUUACCUAAAGUCCCCUACCAAUCAUAUGGAGUGAGUAAGGCAGUAAUAAGAACCAUAUUUGUGAUGUCACAUGAAAGCCUGUUGGUUUACGGCAUUGCUUUCAUUUGAGUGUUCCUAGUGUGGUCCCUCCUGUAAGGCAAUAACUAUAUAGUCUGUUGACUAGAAGCUGAACCAAGCAGAUUGUGUUAGCUAACUUAACAAAGUUUGUAAACCAAGUAUUGGUUGAAUGUUACUGUAUAUUCACAACUAAGUUUUGUAGUGUCUUUACUGUAGUACGCUGAUUUCACAAAUUACUAAAGAAUAAUAAUCACAACAUUCAAUUCACGAAUUACUAAAAAGUAAUAAUAAUCACGACAUUCAAGUCUAUCACAAAAAAAAAUUGUGUAAUAUGUAACACGUUUCAUGUUGCCCUCAAGAAAGUUAGUCAUUCAGCAAUACUACCAAACACCAUCAGUUCAGUAAACACCAUUUAAAGCAAUAAUAAUCCUGGUAAAGUGAUGAUACAAUGUAUAUUGUGGCUGUCAGGUGGUAGCACUGCCUCAUUUUCUCAUACUUGACACCAAUAUUUGCAAUGUGUUGUUUAUUUUCUAUACUGGCUUUGAUGUUGAGGUUAUUACUGUCUACAGACUUUAAUGUUGAGAUUAUUAUUGUUGAAGUAUUUAGAAAAUAUAAAAUGUAGCUAUUGUGAAAUCAAUGUAAAACAAUAAAACUAUAAAAAGCACUGUACUCAACAAAAACCAGUCAAUGUUCAGGUGUUGCACACUUCACUCACUUCAGCUUCCAGUAAACACACUAGUGUCUAUUAAGGGGAAACAAAGGAAAAAAUCAGUGAACCAUGCAUACAGCAGUAACCAAUCAAUGCUCAGCUUACUAACUUGGCUAAACUUGCUCAGUUGAGCUUUCAUUGAAUGGUCAGUACUGUAAUAAAUCUACAGCACCUCACUCCUCAUGGAAAAUUAACAUCAUUACAUUACCAGUUAGCCUCAGGAUAUAACCAUAAGCUAACACUGUAUUAAAAACACAGCAUAGCUUUCUGCCUCACCAUCUAGACAUAGGCUGUGACUUUGAUUGUUACAAAACUAAUACAAACCAUAUCAUGUGCCCAUAACAGAGAUCAUGUACCAAAAUUCACCCCAAUAACCUUAAUAACACCAAAUUUUAUAUCAAAAGAGUUACAUAAGGCAGUCUUUCAUUAUAUGGAUACCAUCUACAUUAUGGGAAUCCAGUUAUAGUAUUUCCUUAAUAACAGGAUGAUUGCAGUUAUAUUAAGCCUUCAAGCAGUUCACUACCCUACAUUCUUAUACAAGGUGCCUUGUCCUGUACAUCUCUUGGCAAGCUAAUGGGUCAUUCCCUAAAUAUGCUUGUGAUGUUUCCGUCCUAUAGUACAGUGUACCACAAGUUUUGACCUGUGUAUAUAUUUGACAUGUAAAUAUGAUUGAACCCUUAAUAAAAGUGCAACAACAUAUAGUA